AUGGCUACACUACCACAACUCCCGUCGGACUUGGAGCCUAUUGCAGAAUCAUCAACAUCAACAUCCAUAAAUGACUAUGCUGACGAGCUAGAACAGAAGUUGGAAAAGGAUCCAAAUGAUAUUGGCACUUGGAAUUUAUUGUUCAAUGCUAUCGACGAGAUCAUAGAUGUCAAUGUAUCUCAGGCGGAUACCAGCAAAGGCACUCUAUCUGAUGAAGUGAAAAGAAAGAUCCACAAUACAUACAAGGCAUUAGUCACCAGAUUUCCAUAUUUGGAAGAAGUCUGGAAGAGAUGGCUGGUGGUUGAAUACAAGUUGAAUGGACUAGAUGCAUCAAUUGAUGUACUACGAAUGGCAGUGGAAUCGUUUCCACACUCGGUAAGUUUAUGGACGGAUUAUUUAACGGCAUUGAAGUCGACGCCAAAUACUGCUUCUGGACAGUUUCGACUCACCUACAAGGAGGCAUUAAAAUAUAAUGGGUAUCAUUUCAUGUCUCAUCCUAUUUGGGACAAAGCUAUUGAAUUUGAAACGGAGAAAGAUCCAAGAUCCAAAGAGUUGUUGCUGUUGUAUUUGACAGUGGUUCAGGUCCCUUUAUAUCAAUAUGCACAGUAUUAUAGUCAGUUCUCCGAGAUCAAUAAGAAUUUUGAUAUACAGGAGUUAAUGGACAAGGAUAAGUUGGCUGAUUAUGUGGAGAAAUUUGGUAAAUCAAGAGUUGAGGACUUGUCCUUGAUAGAGAAGCACCAAAUCAUAGAUGACUAUUUUGCAACUAUAUUUGCAUCGACCCAAGCUAAAGUCAGCUCCAAUUGGGAGUACGAGCAGGUAUUGUUGAGCCAGGAGUUUUCGCCUGAUAAAAAACGGAUUGAGGAAGAGCGACAUCCCUGGGUUGAAUAUAUUGAUGGAGAGAUUCCGGCAUACAAGGCAACAAACAAUGACAAACACCAAUUCAAUUUUAUUUGCAAUUUGUUUGAACGGGCAUUGAUACCAAACUGUUUCGAUGAAGAGCUUUGGUUGAUGUAUAUCAGAUUUAUUGAAGAUUCAAAUGUUUCUGAAGAGACUAAGGGUGAAUUAGAACGCGAGAUCUACGUUCGAGUGAAUUCAAAGUUUAUUCCGUUGAACAAUUGUCGCUUGAGAAAAUUGUACGCAUACCAUUUGUUGAGGCGAAACGAAGUUGACGCGGCAAUUGAAUACUUGUUUGACUGGAUGAAGGCGUUCAGUGGUACCACGCAGCAAUAUAUCAAGUCACCAUAUUUGGAAAUGACUCGCGAGAUUUUACGAUUGUGGGAUAUGUUACUUAGCGAGCAGAAAUUUCAAAAAGCAUUGGAGUUUCUUCUCAACUGCUAUUUUGACAAACCGAACGAAGAGAAAAGAAUGAAACUAGAUGCAACAGAGGAUUUGGACAAUCAAGGUUCAUAUCAGUUGCAGCAUGCAUUUUUAAAUCUGUUUGCCGAAUACCUCAAUGAGGAUUCAAUUGCAAUUGUUGUUGACCACUGUUUCGACAUAUAUAAACGUGAGGCAGACUCUCUAAGUAUACGGACUUUGUUCAACAAGCAUUACAAAGAUCCAAGCUUAGCCAAAUCACCAUCGUUUUGGCGAUUCAUGUUUGAGUAUGAGGGUAUCAUAGAGAAAAAUUUGACAAAUUUGAAAAGGAUACAUUACCUCAUUAAGGCGGAGUCGCAAUUAGCCAAAUCAGUUGUGGAUGUGUUUGUUGAUUGGUAUUACGACAUUGCAGCGGCAAAUAUUCAAGAGUUCUUGGUGAUGAAUCAAGGCAGGUCUGACGAGAGCAUGAUUUACAAAGACUUGGAAUUGUCCAACUCGCUAUUUUACAACAAAUCCACAACAAAGCGCUUAGCUAGGAGUAAUUACAAGGUCUUGGAUAACUCAAAUUACGUGGCGGAUCCAGAACAAGGUUAUCUUGAUUUAUGCGCGAAGCAAGCUGGCCACCCUGGUGUGUUUAUUGACGCCAACCCGGAGAUGACAAAUUCAUUUAUGAAUAAAGGCAAGUAUAUCGAUCUCACUACCAAAGUGACACCUGUUCCACCCCUCCCCACUUUCAAAGGCGUUGAAAAGGUUCAAUUUUUGAGCAAAAAGAAGAGUCACCCGACGCGUAGAAAGAAGAAUUGA